GGCAUCAUAGGGAGUAGAACUGGCUAGAGCAUCUCCACCAUCUUCCUUCAAGCAUGUAGACUGACACCCAGGCCUCUUGGGGUCCUGACACUGCAGACUCCUGGAAUAUACCUCCACCAGCAGGCAGGAAUCGGUCCUAUUCCCAGCAACCACUAGAGGCACUGCCUGACCCUACUGCGGCCACAGGCAGAGGGACCCCAGGAUUCUCAACUCCGUUACCUUGUCUCACCUCCCCUAGGAAGCAGAAGAGUGAUAUGAAAAUCUUUAGCUGCUGAUCACAGCUAUAAAUGAGAUGAAGAGGGUCCCUGUCCUCUUGGUGUUUCCAGUCUCCCAAAGAAGACAGACAUGAAACAAUGGUGGUUACAGUUCAAGAUGGAGGAUUCUCCCUUUUGGAUAAUGAAAGAACUAAGUUUUGGCUUCUAACAACCAGAGGAGUCUCCCCGUGGAGGCAGGAGAGAACUGCAGCUGGGCUGUCCCUUUGUGAGGCUCCUCAGAAGGGUCUUGCUUUGUCACCAAGGCUGGAGUGCAGUGAUGUGAUUAUGGCUCACUGCAGCCUCGACCUCCAGAGCUCAAGCAAUCCUCCCACCUCAGCCUUCUGAGUAGCUGGGACUAAAGGUUAGUUUCCUGACUGAAAGGUCCAAUACCAAGCUGCCCAGUACAAAACUGGUCUCCUGGCAACUACAGCUGAAUCCACCAUCGCCUCCCUUAAGAAGAGUGCUUAUCAGGGCACGUUCAUCCAAGAGAACUGAGGAAUGAGGAACAAAGAAAACAAGUUAACAUUUACCACGGCUUCUGCUACGCGCUUUACAUGAAUCAUUUUUGUUUCUUGCCAGAACCUAUGAGGCAAAGGAAGAACCACAGAGAAAGAAUUAGAUGUGGGAAGCAACAUAUCAACCCCAGUCGUUCAGUAUGAAUGGAGACUCUCUUCUGGAAGAACUUUGAAUCGGCGGUCCCAGGCAAGAGGGUUUGAAGAGAGAACCCAGAGAAAAGCUAUUCUUCAGGUUCUCCAUCUACCAAGCACAAACGUCUUCCAAUUCUGCUGCUAAAUGUCAGUGUCUGGAGAAUCAGCCAGGAAGGAAAGAGAGAAGAAGCCCUGAAGAGAGGAGGUAGCUGGUUCCUGUCUCACUGGCCGGAGCUUCAGCUUCGGUCAUUUCAUCCAGGUCCUUCAGCCCGUGGUGGGGAACAUCCAGGCAGGUUAGAGGCUCCAGGAUGACGCCUGAGCCAAAGGCCCUGCCUCCUGUGGCCUUGGUUAGAGUCACCGAAGGCCAGCUGCGUCUUCCCCAGCAGAGACAAAUGGGUGUGCAUGGGCAUAGGUGAGGAGUGUGUGUGUAUGCACACCCUAUAAUUUCAACUGAAAAAUCUUGCUGGUCCGGGGAAAGUCAUUGUUCUUCAACAUCUUGAGCUGAGUUCAGAGGUUGGCAGGUUGUCAUGGCGACCAGCAAGGACCCAGAGGAGGAGCAGGUAGUCCCAAGCGAGGAGGACGAAGCCAACGUGAGGGCGGUGCAGGCCCACUACCUCCGAAGCCCCUCCCCUAGCCAGUAUUCGAUGGUCUCAGAUGCAGAAACGGAAAGCAUUUUCAUGGAACCCAUUCACCUCUCCUCAGCCAUUGCAGCCAAACAGAUCAUCAAUGAAGAACUCAAGCCACGGGGGGUCAGAGCAGACGCAGAGUGUCCAGGCAUGCUGGAGUCUGCUGAACAGCUGCUGGUGGAGGACCUGUACAACCGCGUCAGGGAGAAGAUGGAUGACACCAGCCUCUAUAAUACGCCCUGUGUCCUGGACCUACAGCGGGCCCUGGUUCAGGAUCGCCAAGAGGCUCCCUGGAAUGAGGUGGAUGAGGUCUGGCCCAAUGUCUUCGUAGCUGAGAAGAGUGUCGCUGUGAACAAGGGGAGGCUGAAGAGGCUGGGAAUCACCCACAUUCUGAAUGCUGCGCAUGGCACCGGUGUUUACACUGGCCCCGAAUUCUACACUGGCCUGGAGAUCCAGUACCUGGGUGUAGAGGUGGAUGACUUUCCUGAAGUGGACAUUUCCCAGCAUUUCCGGAAGGCGGCUGAGUUCCUCGAUGAGGCGCUGCUGACUUACAGAGGGAAAGUCCUGGUCAGCAGCGAAAUGGGCAUCAGCCGGUCAGCAGUGCUGGUGGUCGCCUACCUGAUGAUCUUCCACAACAUGGCCAUCCUGGAGGCUUUGAUGACCGUGCGUAAGAAGCGGGCCAUCUACCCCAACGACGGCUUCCUGAAGCAGCUGCGGGAGCUCAAUGAGAAGCUGAUGGAGGAGAGAGAAGAGGACUAUGGCCGGGAGGGGGGAUCAGCUGAGGCUGAGGAGGGCGAGGGCACUGGGAGCACGCUUGGGGCCAGAGUGCACGCCCUGACGGUGGAAGAGGAGGACGACAGCGCCAGCCACCUGAGUGGCUCCUCCCUGGGGAAGGCCACUCAGGCCUCCAAGCCCCUCACCCUCAUAGACGAGGAGGAGGAGGAGAAACUGUACGAGGAGUGGAAGAAGGGGCAGGGCCUCCUUUCGGACAAGGUACCCCAGGAUGGAGGUGGCCCGCGCUCAGCCUCCUCUGGCCAGGGUGGGGAGGAGCUCGAGGACGAGGACGAGGACGUGGAGAGGAUCAUCCAGGAGUGGCAGAGCCGAAACGAGAGGUACCAAGCAGAAGGGCACCGGAAGUGGGGAAGGGAGGAGGAGGAGGAGGAGGAGAGCGACGCUGGCUCCUCGGUGGGGAGGCGGCGGCGCACCCUGAGCGAGAGCAGCUCCUGGGAGAGUGUGAGCAGCCACGACAUCUGGGUCCUGAAGCAGCAGCUGGAGCUGAACCGCCCGGACCACGGCCGGAGGCGCCGUGCAGACUCGAUGUCCUCGGAGAGCACCUGGGACGCGUGGAACGAGAGGCUGCUGGAGAUUGAGAAGGAGGCUUCCCGGAGGUACCACGCCAAGAGCAAGAGAGAGGAGGCGGCGGACAGGAGCUCAGAAGCAGGGAGCAGGGUGCGGGAAGAUGAUGAGGAGAGCAUGGGCUCUGAGGCCAGCUCCUUCUACAACUUCUGCAGCAGGAACAAGGACAAGCUCACUGCCCUGGAAAGAUGGAAGAUCAAGAGAAUCCAAUUUGGAUUUCACAAGAAAGACUUGGAAGCGGGAGACAGCAGCAGUGAGCUCGGUGCAGAGGAGGCAGUAGGGGAGAAGAAGAACCCCUCCGAUGUCAGCCUGACAGCCUACCAGGCCUGGAAGCUGAAACACCAGAAGAAGGUGGGCAGUGAGAACAAGGAGGAGGUGGUGGAGCUCAGCAAGGGGGAGGACUCGGCCUUGGCUAAGAAGAGGCAACGGAGGCUGGAGCUGCUGGAGAGAAGCCGGCAGACGCUGGAGGAGAGCCAGUCUAUGGCAAGCUGGGAGGCGGACAGCUCCACCGCCAGCGGGAGCAUUCCCCUGUCUGCGUUCUGGUCUGCAGCCCCCUCAGUCAGUGCUGAUGGGGACACGGCGUCAGUACUGAGCACCCAGAGCCACCGCUCCCACCUGUCUCAGGCUGCAAGCAGCAUAGCGGGGUGUUCAACCUCCAACUCCACCACACCCCUGCCUAACCUGCCAGUGGGGCCUGGAGACACCAUUUCCAUUGCCAGUAUCCAGAACUGGAUUGCUAACGUAGUCAGCGAGACCCUUGCUCAGAAGCAAAAUGAAAUGCUGCUGUUGUCCCGCUCACCAUCUGUUGCAAGCACGAAGGCAGUACCAGCGGCCAGCUGCCUGGGGGAUGACCAAGUCUCCAUGCUCAGUGGACAGAGCAGCUCCUCCUUGGGUGGCUGCCUGUUGCCUCAGAGCCAGGCAAGACCCAGCUCUGACAUGCAGUCUGUGCUGUCCUGCAACACCACACUGAGCUCACCUGCCGAAAGUUCCAGGAGCAAAGUGAGGGGGACCAGCAAGCCCAUCUACAGCCUCUUUGCUGACAAUGUGGACCUAAAGAAACUUGGCCGGAAGGAGAAGGAGAUGCAGAUGGAGCUUAGGGAGAAGAUGUCCGAGUACAAAAUGGAAAAGCUGGCCUCAGACAACAAACGCAGCUCCCUCUUCAAGAAGAAGAAGGUCAAGGAAGAUGAGGAUGAUGGUGUGGGUGAUGGGGAUGAGGACACUGACAGUGCCAUAGGGAGCUUCCGAUAUUCUUCCCGCAGUAAUUCCCAGAAACCUGAAACAGACACAUCCUCCUCCCUGGCUGUCUGUGAUCACUAUGCAAGUGGCAGCAGAGUUGGCAAAGAGAUGGAUAGCAGUAUUAAUAAGUGGCUCAGUGGCCUCAGGACAGAGGAAAAACCUCCUUUCCAAAGUGACUGGUCUGGAAGUUCCAGGGGGAAGUACACCAGAUCGUCCCUGCUCAGGGAGACAGAGUCUAAAUCCUCCAGUUACAAGUUUUGCAAAUCCCAGUCAGAGGAACAGGACACCUCUUCCUACCACGAGACAAAUGGCAACUCUGUAAGAAGCACUUCACGGUUCUCAUCUUCCUCCACCAGGGAGGGCAGAGAGAUGCACAAGUUCUCUAGGUCCACGUACAAUGAGACCUCAAGUUCCCGAGAGGAGAGCCCAGAGCCCUAUUUCUUCCGCCGGACCCCAGAGCCCUCAGAAACGGAAGAGUCCCCAGAGCCACAACGCCCAAACUGGGCCAGGUCCAGGGACUGGGAAGAUGUGGAAGAGUCAUCCAAGUCAGACUUCUCUGAAUUUGGAGCCAAGAGGAAGUUCACCCAGAGCUUUAUGAGGUCUGAAGAAGAGGGAGAGAAAGAGAGGACAGAAAACAGAGAAGAAGGGAGGUUUGCAUCUGGACGGCGGUCCCAGUAUCGGAGAAGCACUGACAGGGAGGAAGAGGAAGAAAUGGACGAUGAAGCCAUCAUUGCUGCUUGGAGACGCCGGCAAGAAGAAAUCAGGACCAAGCUGCAGAGAAGGAGGGAGGACUGAGCUGGGGAAAAUCUGAGAACAUUGAAAGAAACCACUCACCUUAGCAUAGAGCUCAGGGCACACAUUGCCACCACUCAUCAAAGGAUGAGGAUACAGAGAGGAUCUUCCAGAGGGGCAGAGCCAAAAUGAGAGGUACCAAGCAUAAGGGCAGCAGAGGUGGAGUAGGGAGGAGGCAAGGAGGGGGAGAACCAUCAAUACAAAUACGAGGUCCGAAUGCUGGACCAACUGACACCAUUUUCUGUUGCCCAGCACCCUCUAAGCUUUGGUGUUUCACUUCAUGUAUUUGACAGUGUUCAUCACAGGCUGGAGAGGUGAGCUUGGAAAAGCGCUAUAGUUUGUCAGAAACUCCAGUUUACAUCCAGAAAGGCCAUGGACAUAGGACACACUUCUGUCUAUGGAGGUUUCAUAUGAGACCCAGAAAGUGUAUCCUAUGGCAAGUCUGACCUCUCCUGGCA